AAAAAUAAAAUAAAAUAAAAAUAUUAAUGUUUUUUUCCGUCCUAAGGUCCAAAUUGUUGAUAUUUUUGUAUUAGGAAUUGUUCAUGUCCUUCGAUCUUCUUUCUAAAGAGAGAGAGAAGAGAGAGUGUGUAAUGGAGAGCAUACCCGGGUGGCAAAUGGCAUCUUUGUGUGGGAUUGCGUCAUGGAUUGUCAUAUCUUCCAUGUUCAAUGUGACCCGGAAGCUUAGAUCCUUCACCAAACCCUGGGUGUCUCGCCAUGUCAUCUCUGGUACUCCUAUCAUCCUUCGGAUCCAGAAAUAUCAGCAUGGACUGUUGGAUGCUAUGUUCUCUGGGUUGUCUUGUGUUGUUUCUGUGCCUUUCUACACUACUUUUCUUCCCUUCCUCUUCUGGAGUGGACAUUGCAAAUUGGCAAGGCAGAUGACCCUCUUGAUGGCCUUUUGUGAUUAUUUAGGGAACUGUGUAAAGGAUGUGGUAUCAGUCCCCAGACCGAACUCACCGCCUGUUAGAAGAGUGACUGCUACCAAAGAUGAGAAGGAGAAUGCAUUGGAAUAUGGAUUGCCUUCUUCUCACACUCUUAACACAGUUUGCUUAUCUGGAUACCUUUUGCACUAUGUUCUAUCCUAUAGUCAAAAUAGAGAUGCUUUCACUGAACUGGCUGGAGUAGCAAUUGUUUGCUUGCUUGUGGGCCUUAUUGGCUUUGGAAGAAUUUACCUUGGCAUGCACAGUGUGGUCGAUGUCAUAGGUGGUCUUGCUUUUGGACUGGUGAUUCUUCCAUUUUGGCUUACCAUUCAUGAAUAUGUCGACAAUUUUAUAAUUUCAGGACAAAAUGUCACAUUUUUUUGGGCUGCCCUUAGCUUCUUGUUGCUCUUUGCUUACCCGACACCGGAGCUUCCAACUCCAAGUUUUGAGUAUCACACAGCUUUCAAUGGUGUUGCAUUGGGAAUUGUAACUGGGAUCCAGCAAACCUAUCAUCAGUUUCACCAUGAAAAUGUCCCACGGAUCUUUACUUAUCAACUGACAAUCCCUAAUUUUUUGGGGAGAAUGGUAGUGGGUAUUGUGACAAUACUCCUUGUGAAAUUCUGUGCCAAAGCUCUCUCGAAAUGGAGUCUUCCCAUUGUAGCAAACACCUUGGGCAUCCCAAUAAGAUCAACCAGCUACAUCCCAGCACUAAGCGCUUCGACAAGUGGUAAAAAGUCAGAUGGAACUAGGCAAUCUAGUUAUUUCCAAAAAAUGUUCCUUCUCUCCCAACAGGAUUCAUUUGAUGUUGAUACUGGUAUAAGGUUUCUUCAAUAUGCUGGUCUUGCGUGGUCUGUGGUAGAUCUUGUUCCAUCUCUAUUCUCUCACCUGCACUUGUGAUGCAUGGUAGUUCUUGUGUAUAUUUUUACGCCCCCCCUCCUUUUUCUUGUCCAUUGCCUGCUUUUAGCAAAUAUCAAUGUUUUUUAUUUCUAGAAAAAAAUACAUUGUCUAGUAAGAAAAAUCCGUGUUAUAUAUUUUGUUCAAAUUUAUUAGAAUAUUUCAUGACAAAAUAUGUUUCCUAUUUGUCAUGACAAGUGUAAACUAGGGUAAAAAUGAAGCGAUGAUUUUGAAUAAUUUUAAUAAUUUUGUAUCAGAGUUUUGGUUUAUAAAUCACCAUGAGUUUUACAGUGCA